CUAGGGGAAGCACUUGGUCCAGAGCUCGGCUGGGAGCUAGGAGCGCUACUGGGAGCGGCGCUCGGGGAGGAACUUGGUGCGCUACUGGGAGAACCGCUAGGAGCUGCGCUGGGACCCGAGCUAGGCGCAGAGCUCGGUGCAGAGCUGGGACCCGCACUAGGCGCCGAGCUGGGUGCCGCGCUGGGGGCAGAACUAGGGGCAGAGCUCGGUCCAGAGCUGGGUACCGAACUGGGAGCGGAACUCGGAGACACGCUGGGCUGGCUGCUGGGAACGGCGCUCGGCGCGGAACUAGGGGAAGCACUUGGUCCAGAGCUCGGCUGGGAGCUAGGAGCGCUACUGGGAGCGGCGCUCGGGGAGGAACUUGGUGCGCUACUGGGAGAACCGCUAGGAGCUGCGCUGGGACCCGAGCUAGGCGCAGAGCUCGGUGCAGAGCUGGGACCCGCACUAGGCGCCGAGCUGGGUGCCGCGCUGGGGGCAGAACUAGAGCUUGGCACCGUACUCGGCUGGGAGCUAGGCAUCGAACUAGGGGCAGAGCUCGGUCCAGAGCUGGGUACCGAACUGGGAGCGGAACUCGGAGACACGCUGGGCUGGCUGCUGGGAACGGCGCUCGGCGCGGAACUAGGGGAAGCACUUGGUCCAGAGCUCGGCUGGGAGCUAGGAGCGCUACUGGGAGCGGCGCUCGGGGAGGAACUUGGUGCGCUACUGGGAGAACCGCUAGGAGCUGCGCUGGGACCCGAGCUAGGCGCAGAGCUCGGUGCAGAGCUGGGACCCGCACUAGGCGCCGAGCUGGGUGCCGCGCUGGGGGCAGAACUAGGUCCCGAGCUGGGCGAAGAGCUGGGGGCAGAACUGGGG